AUGGUGUCUUUUGAUUAUCCGGCAAAGCUUCCGGAGUCCUAUGUUGGAUUUUGGGGGCCUGUCACCGCCACGAUCGACUGGUGUGAGGAAAACUACAUUUUCACACCAUACAUUGCCGAAGUGGUAAAUAGCUUCACCAAUUUCAUAUUUGUGGCCCUGGCAAUGGGCCAUCUGUGGAGUACAUACAAGAACCAUUUUGGGAGUCUGUACGUGUUUAUCUCCAUCGGUUUUGCAUCAGUCGGGAUCGGCUCAUUCCUGUUCCACAUGACCCUGCGUUACGAGUAUCAGCUGAUGGAUGAGCUGCCCAUGGUCUAUGUCACGGCCCUCCCGUUCGGCUACAUUUUCAGUUGGAACCAGCCGCGCCCAAUACAAUAUGCCUGGAUAGUUGGUACCUUUACUGCGACCGCGUUGUUCACUUACAUUUAUAUAUAUGUGCAGAGGGACCCAGCCUUUCAUCAGGCGUUUUACGCUAUUCUCAAUUUUGGGGUGAUCUACAAAACGAUUAGGACUAUCCACCUGAAGGUCACAAAUCCAAAUGCAAGAAAGACUAUGUAUAAGAUGCUUGUAUUGGCAGUGUCUUUAUUUGUUUUUGGCUUCUUCAUCUGGAACCUGGAUUUCUUGCUAUGUCCUAAUCUUAUAGACUGGCGUCGUAACAUUCUCGGCAUUCCAUUGGGUGUUGUGACCGAGGGCCAUGGGUGGUGGCACAUCUUUACUGGUCUGGGAGUCUAUUACUUUAUUAUUUACAACCAGCUGUUACACACGUGGAUGACCGAUCAGCAAGACAAAUACAAGCUUGUGUGGCAUGGAAUAUUUGCCGAGGUGCAACUCCAAAAGCCAAAAAAUGAGUGA